UGCAGGACUUUCCUUUCCUACUUUGUACGAGUUCGGGCGCAGCGCGCAGCACCGAGCGGUCCUGGUCCCUGGAGUUGAUCCUGUCUCUAAACUGCAACCGGCUGGCUGAAGGCGAUGUGGGAUGAACAGCCGUCCCCGAGGACUCCCAUCCUUUACCAUUGGCUUUCGGAGGAUGCCUUCCAAUUUGUGCCUGGAAAUGGGCCCACUCCUUCUCCGCAACUAUUGACGGAGGACUUUAGCACUCCUCAGUCAGGCAGGGACCGAAGUUUUGUCAUAAUACCCCUACACACUCCUCCCAAGCAGCAAGGAAAGGUUGCGAAGCCAUCCCAUGACGCUCCCCUGUACCACUCACCUGUCAUUUGCUUAGAGGAUGGUACUCAGCCACAUCGUAGAUCACCAGAGAAGCGUUUCUACAGUCCAGGACCUAUCUGCCGUAUAUGUCAUGAAGGUGAUAAGGAAGAAACAUUACUCUCGCCUUGUAAUUGCAGUGGCUCAAUGCUGUUAGUGCACAAGACUUGCCUUGAGAGGUGGCUUUCAACAUCAAACUCAGAUCGCUGUGAGCUAUGUAUGAAACAGCUACCUAUACAGAGGGAGGCCCGACCGAUGUGGCAGUGGUUCAGUAUGGCUACCUCAAGUGAUGGUCCUCAGGGCUUUUAUGCGGAUCUCACCUGUGUCAUUUUGCUCACACCUCUCUGCAUUCUCUCCAUCUACCUCUGUGCCAUCGGUGCUGCUGAUUACAUGAGACAUGGUGUGUGGGAGGGAACUGGAUUGGCUGCUCUGAGCUGCUUUCUCCUGGCUACAUAUCUCGCCUGGUGCUACAUUACAAUUAGAUUCCAUUUGCGAUCUAUCAAGAAGUGGAGAACAACAAAUCAAGUGAUACAUUUAGUUGAGAAAGACUGCAGGCGGAGGGAUCAAAUUCCUCCACGGGUGUCAAAUUCAUCAACUCCACGAAGUACUGUGAUUGUGAAUAGUAAUUGGAAUUCGCCACCAGAAGUCAGGGUUUUCAGUACAGAAAAUGAAUCAACAUCAGGUACAAACUCAGGAAGUCAGCCCAACGUUAUGGAUGCAUCAAUUAGAGGGUUUGAUGUUCCAGCAUUUUUAUAAUGUUAAGUGAAUUUUGGCUGCUCCUAUCCCAAAAAAUUUUGCUUCUUUUUAUGUAUUUUACUUUUUGGAGAUGGUUUAUCUUUAAUAUUUGAAGCUGUUUCAUUCUUUUGACAUUCAGUAUGAAAAGUAUGGAAAGGGUUUUUAAGAAAUUUACUAUCUCCGCAACAUUGUAUCAUUUUAAUUUUUUAAAAAUUGACUUGGUCAAGUAAUUUAAAGUGUUCUCUCAAACAUAUCUAUUGAAACAUAGCAUAUCUAGUCAC